UCAUUCACUUGAUGAGCGGCUGGCGGCUGUGAUGCGCAUGUAUGCAGCCCACUGCCUCAACGCAUCACGUCGAACCGCACUUGACAGCUUGCCAGGUCGAAGGAAAAAAAAAAAAAAAACACCACACAAGAGAGGAGGAAACCAGAGCCGCUGAAUUUCCACAAGCCAGGCGUCAUUCGCAUCCACCCGUUGGAGAAGGAAGGAGGGAUCUCUCAUAGCCGCCUUUCUCCGAGCUAUAACUCAUCCCUAUGGAUUAUUUGUGUUUUAAUGCCCAGACAGUGUGAGCGGGCGGCAGCGGUUUAUUUCAACACAGCAAACCGAGCCACUUCGUUGGAAUAGCAUCUGUUGUGUCUGGCCAUGAAUUCGGCGGAACAGACAGUGACAUGGUUGAUCACGCUCGGGGUACUGGAGUCGCCGAAGAAGACCAUCUCGGAUCCCGAAGCAUUUCUGCAGACCUCGCUCAGAGAUGGGGUGGUGUUAUGUAGACUGCUGGAGCGGCUUAGCCCGGGUUCUACGGAGAAAAUCUAUCAAGAGCCGAAGAACGACGCCGAGUGCCUGACCAACAUCAAGGAGUUCCUCAAGGGCUGCACGUCGUUUCGCGUCGAGCCAUUUGAGGCCAGUGAUCUGCUGCUGGGACUGAACUUCACAAAGGUGCUGAGCAGUCUGGUUACCCUCAACAAAGUAACUGCGGACAUCGGCGUGGGUAGUGACUCGGUGUGCGCACGCCACUCCUCGGCUCACCGGAUCAAGUCUUUUGAGUCUCUGUCAUCGCAGACCUCCCUGGGCCGUUCCUCCAAGCUGCUGCAGAACCAGUUCAGGAGUCUGGACAUGUCGGAGAACAGCGGGCAGCAGGUGCUGGUGAAGGCGCGCUUCAACUUCGAGCAGACCAACGAAGACGAGCUCACCUUCAACAAGGGCGACAUCAUCGGGGUGACCCGCCAGGAGGAUGGCGGCUGGUGGGAGGGCAUGCUGAACGGCAGGACGGGCUGGUUCCCUAGCAACUAUGUGCGCGAGCUCAAAGGAUGCGACAAACAAGUUUCCCCUAAGUCUGGGACCCUGAAGAGCCCCCCGAAAGGCUUCGACACGACGGCCAUCAGCAAGACCUACUACAACCUGGUUUUACAGAACAUUCUAGAAACAGAAACAGAGUAUUCUAAAGACCUCCAGGUCUUGCUGACCAACUACCUGCGCUCGCUCCAGAGUACAGACAAAAUGAGCAGUUUAGAUGUUGCUCUGAUUUUGGGGAACCUGGAGGAGAUCAGCACUUUCCAGCAGAUGCUCGUACAAUCGCUGGAGGAGUGCACCAAGUUGCCGGAACACCAGCAGAGGGUAGGCGGGUUCUUCCUCAACCUCAUGCCCCAGAUGAAGGCUCUGUACACAGGGUACUGCUCUAACCACCCCUCUGCAGUCAAUGUCCUCACACAGCACAGUGAAGCUCUGGGAGAGUUCAUGGAGGGCAGGGGAGCCGUGAGCCCCGGCAUCCUCACCCUCACCACGGGCCUCAGCAAGCCCUUCAUGAGGCUGGACAGGUACCCCAACCUGCUGAAGGAGCUGGAGAGGCACAUGGAGGAAAGCCACCCUGACAGACCGGACAUCCAGAAGUGCAUGGCAACAUUUAAGAACCUCUCUGCCCAGUGCCAGGAGGUGAGGAAGCGUAAGGAGCUGGAGCUGCAGAUCCUGACGGAGGCCAUCCGCCUGUGGGAGGGGGACGACAUCCGGACCCUGGGCUCGGUGCUCUACAUGAGCCAGGCCAUGGUCCACAGUCCUGGGGCCGAAGAGAAGUGCGAGCGCUACCUCAUGCUCUUCCCCCACGUGCUCCUGCUGCUGUCCGCCAGCCCCAGGAUGAGCGGCUUCAUAUUCCAGGGUAAACUCCCGUUGACCGGCAUGACAAUGACCAAACUGGAAGACUGUGAAGCCCAUAAGAAUGCCUUUGAGCUCAGCGGCACCAUGUUCGAGCGCAUCCAGGUGGCGUGCAACAACCAGCAGGACCUCCAGGACUGGGUGGGGCACCUGACCCGCCAGACCAAGCACACCGCGGCCACCGGGCCCAGCCACAAACCCCUCAACAUGCCCUGUCACACGCUCCCGUCUCACCCGCUGACCCCCUCCCGGCAUGCCGAGGGGCGGGCCAUGACGGUGGCCCCAGCCUAUCACACCCUUCCACACCCCUCCUCUCACGGGACCUCUCACAGCACCCUGAUGUGGGGCCCCCUGGAGCCUCCAAACACCCCCAAGCCCUGGAGCCUGAGCUGCCUGCGGCCCGCCCCCCCGCUGAGGCCCUCGGCGGCCCUCUGCUACAAGGAGGACCUCAGUAAGAGUCCAAAGAGUGUGAAGAAGCUCCUUCCAAAGCGUAAGCCAGAGAGGAAGCAGUCUGAAGAGGAGUUUGCCGUGAGGAAAAGUACAGCAGCACUGGAGGAGGAUGCUCAGAUUCUCAAGGUCAUCGAGGCGUACUGCACUAGCGCCAAGACCAGACAGACUCUCAACUCCACCUGGCAGGGCACCGACCUGAUGCACAACCACGUGCUCGGCGACCCCGGCCGCGCCUGCGCCGAGUCGUCGUCGCCGCUCGGUCGCCGCGCCAGCGUGUCGCGGCCGGACGUGACCUCCGACCUCUCGGAGGACUCCGACUACGACUCCGUCUGGACUACGCACAGUUACAGGAUGGGCUCGGUGUCGCGUAAGAGCUGCAUCUCUCACCAGAACUAAGGCUCCCCCCCUCCACCCUCCACCACCCCCACGACCCCCCACCCACCCCCCCACCGCAACCCCCGCCUGCCUGCACCGCGGCGCUGGCCUCGACCCCGGUGACCUCUUGACCUCGUCGUACUGAGAGAGAUAGCUUAUAGGAGGAGCACUGCUGGGGUCCUCGUCGUCGUUUCGCUGUUGUUGUCGUCGUUGUUGUUGUUGUUUUUGAUUUUGUCUUAUUUAUGUAAUUUAUUUUCGAUUAUGUACUUGUUAAUCAUUUGUAACUUAUUAUGUUUUUAUUUAUCGUAGAGCGUUUACAUUUUGACAAGUGUCUCCCCGUUGCCUUGACCAAUUUUCCUUUUUUUAAUGACGUGCCUCCUCUCUUUCCGUGAUUCUGUAUGUGGUGUGCAUACAGAAUGUCUGUUGGUUUUUUUAUGUUGACUGUGCCCACUCUCCACCGUUUGACCUGAGAUACGUAGGCUCUCUCCUCCGCCAGGGAGCAGAGAUGAUGGGGCGGGGGGGGGGAUAGAUGGGGACCAAGCCUUUCCUGUCUGAUAUUCAGAUGUGAUUCAGAAUGGAGUGUUGCUACAAUACACGUGUACUUCUUUUCUCCACUAUGCCCCUUUUAAGGAGUCUGUCUCCUCGAUAUAUAGCACAGGUACAUGCAUAAACACUCUAUCUCUCCAUCUCUCGUGCCAACGGGCACGCACACAGUAUACUCUCAUGCCUCUGCUGCCAAACAUACAGCAGCGUGCACAUUUAAUAUAUAUCUUUUUAAAUUAUUAUCAUUAUUAUUAUUUAUAUUUUUUUCCUUAUUUUAUUGUCCAUGACCAAAGCAUGUUUGUGUUGAGUUUACCGACUAUCUGAAGAGGGUUUAGUGUAAUGGGACUCACACAAGCUAUGUCAAAGGAGCUGUUGCAGGAAGACCUAUACACCUUCCAUACUGUAAGCUAUAGCUCCGCAGCCAGAGAAUGAACAUAAGAGAUGACUUUUAGAGUACAUUUUAUUGUAUUGCGUGUCCUGAAUUUACUUUUAAAGCCCACUCCUUAAGAACCCCUGUCAGGUUUUUGCCCCAAGGGGACUUUCAGUUCAUGCAACAAAAAGAUCAAAACUGGGAUUUUUGCAGAUCGUCUGAAAUCUAUAGCCUGUUGAGAACAAAACGCACACAAAGGUACAGUCGGAGGUACUUCCAGAGAUGUACACUUGGCAGCCUAGUUGUAUAUGAUGGCACUGUCAACACUGAUAGCAGAGGGGGCACAGGCUUACGUCUGUGUCAGGCUGACCAUGAUGAACUCCAAUAAGUUAGUAUGCUUUAGGCCUAGAGCAGCCGUCCUUGUCAACAGUAACCAGCAUGCUGUAUACCCGCAUGCUAGACAAGGCCUUAGUUCAUCCCUCACACCGCGUCUCCUGUCCUUUCUCUAUCAGUGCUAUUUUUUAUGAAGAAAUAUUUUUCCAGUCAUGCUAUGAAUUCACCCGAGUUCUGUUUCUCUCACACACACACACACACACACACACACACACACACACACACACACACACACACACACACACACACACACACACACACACACACACACACACACACACACACACACACACACACACACACACACACACACACACACACAUAUUGACAAAUUAAUUUAAUUUAUUGUGAUGUACAGAUGCUUUAUUUUAAAUUUAUUAUUUGGUGUAUUUUUAUUUGUAUAGUAUUUGAGUUUUCACCGUAUUUCAUAGAAAUGUAUCCAGGUUUACACUGAAACUAUUACAGAAAGUGUUACAUUAUUUUGCACAAUUGUGUAUUGAUAGGGUGGGGGGUGGGUAUAUACAGAGUAUGUUUAAUGAUGUGCUUUUUGUCUGCCUCCAAGUGUGUACAAUAUAGUUCUAAAGGGUAGACCUAAGUAUUCAGUGUUUCUGUAAAAGCAUCAAAGCAAUUGCUCAUGAGUAGUGUACACACAAACCUUAAGUCUACUGGUGAACAUUAAAAAAAAAUAAAAAUAGAAAACCAUGAUUUAAAAGUACAGUAUAAUUCCAAUGUGAAAUACUCAUUCAAACUCACAUUGUUGUCAGGUUGCAUUUCAAAUGUGAAGAGCACAUGGUCCCCCCUUUCUGUAAAUACUGGUUGUUGGGGCGGAACAGAAAAGAUUCUUAAUAGACAUUUUAUGAAGUAUUAGAUCUAAUGCCCCCUUUUCACAAACUCCCAGCAAUGUUCAAUGGUCAAGUCCGCAUCUCAUGCCCCUGUCCCAGUACUUGGGUUAAACAGAUGCCGUAACAAAGAUGACUUGGUCCAGUCAUAUUUAAUGAAUGCUUCAAAUGUUCUAUUUACAAUAUGGACCCAAUGGAGAGAGGAAAAAAGACACUGGUUAUGAAUUUAGGAAAUUAAAUAGUUUUCAUUAUUUAACUAAAUCUUCAUUUAACUAUUGAUAUUGAAGUCAGGGAUGAGGGGCUUCUGACUGAUAUCCUGAUGUAUUCUUAGUCUUAUAUAUCUAGUAUAUACAUAUUUAUGUGUCAGGCCCAAAGAAAGACCUUUUCGAAAUGAGGCUUUAUAAACUCUUCAUGAGAAUCGAUCUCCUCAUUUGUACUAUGUUGGAUUCUGUGAAAAGGCGGCAUUAUGAGUAUGGCUGUCCUCAUGUUAUGUGCUAUACUUUUUGACAGGUGUAUUCUGUGGUUUUACAAAAGCAAACUUAACUGAAAAAAUCUGGGGACAGGCUGGGUGACCAUACUACCUGUCUUUUGACCAACGUUGUUCUCUGUGUGCCCCAAUGCUGUAUCCAAUUCACACAUGUGACCAUGUCUUUCCUGUGAACAGUGCUGUCAGCGCGCAUUCGUUCCAACACUACCGAAGUCCCAAACGCUGUACUGAGUUUUGAAUAAAUCUUUUAUUGGGUAGA